GGCCGGACAAGUUGAAACCCUGCGAGGUGGGGAAGGGACUGAAAAAAAAAAAAACCUCCCCAUGUCGAGAGGGAGACGCGUAGCGGUAAAGAAGCGUGAAAUUUCUCAACUCUCGUGGAAAAAAAAAAAAAAAAAAAAAAGGGAGAGCUGAACUUAGCAGCAUGCACACAACCUCUUUAGACACCCGGGGGUGACGAGUUUUCCAGGCAGCGCCAUGCUUCUUCAAGUUCCUCAGAAGCGGAACCCUACACAGUGUAGUAACCUCGUAUGCGCGUAAAAAUACACUUUCACAGGGGGGAAUUCCUCCGCUCGUCUUCUCACCUGAGAAAGGGUCCCUCCCCAUUUGUCGCGCCUCUCCUUCGAGCAGCCCACCCAUCGGUCUCCACUCACGUGAACACCCACCGAUAGAAACAUGUACGCCAAAGGCGCCAACGUGCAAAACGGGGUGAACGGCCCCAAAGACGAAAACUACCGAAAUGAUGAAAAUCGCCGAAAUGAUGAAAAUCGCCGAAAUGAUGAAAAUCGCCGAAAUGAUGAAAAUCGCCGAAAUGAUGAAAAUCGCCGAAAUGAUGAAAACUGCCAAAAUAAUAAAAUGAACAUGAACAACUACAAAAAUAUAAUGCACAAUCAGAAAAAGAAAAAAAUGGGCCUGAUGGACAUGGACUAUUUAGACCAGGCCGUUAAGUUUAGCAAAGCGGAUAAGAAAGGCAACAACUGCGUGGCGGGCAGGGGCCCCCACCAGGAGGUUUGCGACGGUGCGCAGGUGGAGGAGGAGGAAGAGGAGGAAGAGGAGGACGACGAAGAUGACGAAGAAGACGACGACGAUGAUGACGACGACGAUGACGAUGAUGAUGAAGACUACCAAAUUGGCGACGACGAGGAAGACGACGACGAUGACGAUGAUGACGAUUACGAAGAGGAAGAGUUCGACGAGGAAGCCAGGCAAAUAAACUUCAACUCUUAUAAUAAUUACUAUUACGAGGCAGGCAAGGCAGAGGAGGGAGAACACAAUCUGCAGACGGACCACCAGAGGGGGGAUAAGAAUGGAAAGCUGCAAAACGGGGAGGCCAAAACGGAUAGGAAGAACGAGCUGAUGUUUGAGCGCUACAACAAGUUGCUGGCAAAUUACCGAACCAAGAAGGAACAAAUGACGAAGGAACAAAUGACGAAGGAGCAAAUGACGAAGGAGCACUGCGGCGGAAAGGCCACGUCCAGGGAGGGCGGGGAAGCCGAAGAGGCGGCCUCCUGCUGCUACAGCUGCAACAGUAGUGACGAAGCCGCCGCCGAAGCCGCUGCCGAAUCCGCCGCGUGCGGAGCGAGCCCACCCCUCAACAGCAGAAUCGCCGAUGAGCGUAACCCCAACAGUGAGUACUACCUGACGGGAGACACCGCCUACCUGAGGGGAGAAAACGACAGCUUCAUCGCAGAUGUGCUGAACCGAAUAGACCAAAUUUACAACAAACAGUCCAGGUACUCCAAUUUAAAAAAUGUAAACGACAGCAACAACAGCAUCUGCAUAAAUGAUUUGAAUCUGAAUCUUAUAAGCGACUACCUAAACGUAGACAUCUCCGUUUUUCACAAAAAAACUACCGUCUUGCUUUUGGGCAAUCCCCAGAGUGGAAAGAGCUCCUUCAUUAACUGGUUCACCGAGAGUUACGUCCAAAACACCAGUUCGAUUGCCAAGAAAAACGAAAUCACCUACGUUGAUAUAAAAAAUAAUUUCAAAUUUAACUUUAAGAGGUUAAAUAAUGCCAAUUACCAAUUUGGGCUUAUGAAUAGACACAAAAAUAGGGGCGGAUCUUAUGGCUCCUCUCACUACCAUAGGGAAAGACAAACUACACAAAUGAACACUAACCAUAUGGGUGACCCCAACGAGCAGGACCAUCUCUCCUCUCCUGGUAGUCCCAUACAUACCAUGGAUGAACACAAUCAAAAUGAGAGAGUAAUCCUGUCAGGAGAAAACUGCGAUUAUCUGUUUAAGCCAUUUCAAAAACUACGGAAAAAAGCCCAUAAUGUUAAAAAGUACCUUUUUGGAAAAAUUUGCUACCAGAAUCAUCUAACCAAAUAUAUGAACAGAAUCAAUUCAGUUUCUUUUUUAGAUACCAGUGGGAUCAAUGACAUCUGUGAUGCAGAGUACGACGAAAUAGUUAUGAACCUGUCUAAAUACGUAGAUGCAAUUUUCCUCUUUAUAGAUUCUAACCAGUUUUCUAUUAACAACAGGCUCCUUCGAAUUAUUAACUAUCUGAUGGAUAACCAGCUGAACAAAGUCACCAUCUGCCUCACCAGAAUUGACAUGCUUCAAAAAAUUAGCCUCUACAGAGUGGUCUUCUACCUCACUCAGUACUUUUUAAGGAGCUUAAAUUUGUUCAGGUACAGCCUGGCCAGCCCCCACGGGGCCGCUUCCCUCCUCGACGGGGCGCAACUCGAGCCGGACGCGGGGCACCACGGAGCAGCCAACGGACGCGGUGAAUUUGAUUGGAGAAGCGGGCUGCCCAAACAGAGCACCCUCGACUGGCGAAGCGGGCUGCCAACACAGAACACCCUCGAUUGGCGAAACCCCCUGAGCAAGAACGCCCAGGUGAUAAACCAGUUCUUCAACAGAUCCAUUCGGUCCUUCCAGAACGUCCUGCUCUUCCCCAAAAUGAUCACCAAAAUGAUCAGCCGGAGAAGCGCGGGGGGGGAUGUAGACCAUGUAGCACAGUGCUACGGAGAGGAAGAGGGAGGCUAUAACGAAGGAGGCCGCAGCUACGGUGGGGGAGCGCACCACUACGCUGGAGAGGAACCCUACCAGGACGACCGACCACCCCGCUAUGGGGGCGACCAGAGCAACUUCCACACACCGCACAGGAAGGGCGAACGCGCGCAGGAGAAAUCCACCGGCGAAGAAGAGACAGGCGGGAUUUUGAAAAAAAUUCUGACCAAAAGUUACAACUCGUUUAAGGAUAAAAUACUCAGCUCGGCGAGUGCCGCCAAGGGGGGCAUCGGCCGGUUAAACUCGAUGCGGGCAGGGGGGCCAGCUCCGGCGGGGAAAGCCUCCAUGGGCCGCGCGUCCGUGGGGAAAGCCUCGACAGGAAAAGCCUCGACGGGGCCCCCCCCCACCAAACGCGGCGACCCGCCAAAAUCGACCGAAGGAAAGCUGAAAACUCACCUGGAUAAGCUGUUCGAAAAAAAAAUAAACUACGGGGACUGCCUGAAGAACCUGAGCAUAUUCUGCGUGGUCCUCAUCUACGAAGUGGUAACAACCAUCUACAGUCUGCUCCACACCAGCAUAAACAGCUACAUUAAGAGGACGAGUGGGGGGCGAGGACGAGCUACCAACGUCGACAGGCUCCACCAGUUGGAUGAUGCCAACAAAUUGAAAUACACCGAUGUGCACGACAGUGGGAGCAACACAUAUAAGGUACUCGAGUUUUUGACCAUCUACCUUCCCGAAAUUCCAAGCGACUUACUUAAAAAGGAAAAGUGGAAAUAUGAAAAGGCGAAACUCGAAGGAGCCAAUCGAAAAUAUAUUCAUGAGAGAGGAAACAGGUUUAGCUGUAACGUUCCAUAUGAACAUGAUCCGUAUGGGGGGAGAGUGAAGAGCGAUUUGAGUGGCGAUGACCAGGAUGACCACAUAGACAGCAGGCAUGGCAAUUCCAGGUAUCCUCAGAGGAGAAGCAUACCGGAGGAGUAUCUCUUUUUGGGGAAUGGGAACGCUGGGAUGAGCAGAUACGGGGCCCACGCCAGGGGGGACUACGCCAAAGGGGGUUACCCCCGCGGGAGCUACUUCCCCGGUGCGGAUAAUGACGUGUCCCGCGAGUCCUUCCUGACGGACAGCGACUACCAUGUGAACGGGAGAAGCUCGGCCUACCUCCCCCCCGGUAUUCACAGCGGAAUGCGCAGCGGAGUGAACAGCGGUAUGCACAGCGGAAUGCGCAGCGGUAUGGGCAGCGGUAUGGGCAGCGGUAUGCGCACCGGCUUGCGCAACGAAGACGUGAGGGAACUUAACAUGAUACACGAGCUGCUAUUCAAAAUCGACGAAACGAUCGACCUGAAGAGCAACCAAAGCAUCUACAUGCUCAAGCGAGACCUCGAAAAGAUUAGGAGCACCUGUUUGAAGAAAAUCACCGACAAUGAACACGUUGUGAAGCAAAACAGGUCCCUUAGAAUUCAAAAUAUAAAAUUUUAUUUCUUCAAAUAUAUGGCCAUCUUUUUUGGCUUUAUUAUUUCCCUACUGAGAUACGACCUGCUUGUCUACUUUAACUUCAUCAAGCCAGAAUUGCUCUUCAGCAUCUUUUCAAAAUAUUUCCUCUUCCUUUCCUCAUACAAUAAAAAUUCGCUGUUCAUUGCUGUGAACGUGUUGUUGGUGGCUGCCUACUUGUGUCUGUACGUCAGGUACAACCGGCGUAACUACUUCAAGUCGCUGGGCAAGAGUGACCUGAACAAGCUCAAGAUCAUUUUGCUCUUCACGCAAAUCAUCUUCGACGAGAUUAACCAGCUGCACUUGAGGCUCCUCGGCGGGCGGGAGCGGGAAGACCCCGGCCAGCCCAGCGCGCCAAGCGAGUCAAGCGGGCCAAGCGACAGGGAAGGCGAGUGCGGCUGGUACGGCGGCGACGGGGACUAUCGCCACUCCCGCCAUUCGCGCCAUUCACGCAGGUGA